CUUCGAGGUGGGAAAAUAUCUCAAGCUUGACGGUUGUACAUUUGAGAAGUUUUGAUUGGUUGUCCACCCGGCUUGUGCACGUGACAAUCUGAUUGGGUCUUUAUAAACAAGACAGGUUAUAAUGCCACUCUUUGAACUGAAAUGCAUUCAGGUUGUAAAUUAUUAUUAUAUUUCAGUAAGAUGCUUUUCGAACCGUGGCGGGAUUAUAUGAAGCUGGCGGACGCGGUCCGUGAGAUGCGGGCGGCGACAGCCUCCCAACCGCAAGGAAAGGCAUCUUUGGUCCCGGUGCGUAAAGACGCCCCUUUCCGUCCAAGCUUAGACCCCAAGCCCGCACCAGCAGCGCCCAGACCCGCAACAAACACGCCGUGCGCUCGGGUGAGAAAGCGGACAACCCGCUCGAAGACGCAGGACCUACCAUCUGCGAACUUCUGCAGCUUCUGCAAACAUAAUGGCGAGUCCGAGGCGGUUUUCUCGUCGCACUGCCUUAAGGACCAGGAACGGGGCGUGGUGUGCCCCUACCUGCGGCGGUAUGUCUGCCCGCUCUGCGGUGCCACCGGAGCCCAGGCCCACACCAAACGCUUUUGUCCGCUGGUCGAAAUGACAUACAGCUCGGUUUACGUCGCCUAGGAGAGAUUUCUGCACUCCCUUCUAAACCUGUAGUCAUUGGCAGUUUUCCUGCAGAACUAGAGAAUCUUUGCAAAGGCCGUAUUGUUUUGUAGCUCAAAGAGCAUGUUUUCUGGGGCAGAGCUUAUUUUAUUCUAAUAUUUGUUUUUAUAUUUAUUUUUUAUUGUUUGCUUAUUUAAACAUUUGUCACUUAAAUUUGUUUUGCCACGUGUGGUUUUAUUUUUGUGAUUUUCACCGCUGUAUGCACGUCUGAACAGUUAUUUGAAAAAUGCUUCAUAUUUUGUAGACUUUGAGGAGGAAACCGGACCUGUUGUGUCGUUUUGAUGCGUGUGUUUUAUGAUUAGGCUACUUUAAAUGUGCUCUUAUUAACCGCGUAUUUACCGGGCUGCAGGCCUUCUAUAGCAAUACUAGUAUGAACUUUAUGACAAUCUCAAAAGACAUCCGCUAUUGUAUGAUGCGGAGAGUAGAGCUACUUUAUAAUUGUCGUUAACCAUUUUAAACUUUUAUACUAGCUACAUUUGUAUUAUUCUAAUAGUUGUAUAUGUGGUUUCUUAACUUCUCAACCUGUGUGCUUCUUAGGACUAAUUGUUUGCUCAACGUAAAAAGAAAAAGGCCUCUCUGUAAGGAUUACUUAUGUCUAAAUAUAUAUUUACAUAGCGGCUGAUGUCACGUUUAUUUUUCAUGUUGUGAACUAUUUUCCUAGUUCCGUUUGGGAAAUCUUUACCCUGGAUCUUAAUGACAACAUGAAGGGUGGUUAAUGGCUCACCAAGUUACUUAAC